ACCAGGAAGCGUUCUUGAAUUUUCCUGAGUGAGCAGCUGCUACGUAUUGUGUUGUGUUUUAUUUCAUUUUGUCAACUAAGCAGCUCCAAAGCACGUUUUUUAGAAGUUUAUUUUAAAUGCGACGAGUUGCGUUUUUGUAGUUUUAUUGUAAACACCAGUUCAUCCGCGAUGUUGUUGGAGGACGUGAAGAAGCUGAAAGUGUCCGAGUUGCGGGCCGAGCUGCGGGAUCGAGGGCUCGACCCAAAAGGGCUGAAGGCUGAGCUCGUGGCUCGUCUUGUGUCAGCGAUCCAGACUACAGAACCUGAACAAAGUCUAGAUUUAAACCUUUCACACACGGAAUCUGUCCAAACUGCACAGGAGACUCCUGAACUAACAUCUCAGACUGACGCCACAUCGACCGGACCUACAUCUGUCACAGCUUCAGGAGACAAACAGCAAACUUGGGAGCAAAAUCAAUCACGUGUAGAGGAGAUCUGGAGAAAAACACGGUCUUGUGUCGAUCAGAGCACACAGACAGAGAAUGACCCUACAGGCAGUGUCUCACAGUCAGUCUGCAGUUGCUCUAACAGGAGAGGAGAAGAAGAAGAAAAAGAAGAAGAGCAGUGUAAACCCCAGUGUGUCCCCAGCAGCAGCAGUGUGAGCUCUGAUGUCCAUCAGGAGGAAGUCCAGUCUACACCACUGGACGGUCAUCAGUUGCCCCACGUGGCUCCUGUCAUGGCGGCGAACGGGACGGAAAAGCAGGACGAGUCCUGGAAUGUCAGCAGACCUGAAGAAGAGCGGGGCCGGGAUUAUUACGAGUUUAAAGAAGAGAUCCAGUAUAUGAGAGCCAAAACUCCAGAGCCGAAUCCUGCAAGUGAGGAUGAGAUGGACAUUGAUGAUGACAAUGUUCGACUAGAUCCCUACAACAGCGAUCUGCAUUUUGAAGUGAGUGCGGACGGGAGCAGCGGUCAGCCAUUACUCUGGGAGAAGUUCCCUCUGCUGCAUUCAGGGUGCAGACUGACCCACGGCUUCAUUCGAGGAAAAGUGGGAUUCGAAGUCAAGUAUGUGAAGAGAUUGUCAGCAGCUUCAGUGACGUGUAUCAGCCCUGAGCCUCAUGUCCUCAGAGUGGGCUGGUCUGUGGAUGGAUCCAGCCUUCAGCUAGGAGAGGAGGAGCUGUCGUUCGGAUUUGAUGGAGCAGGCAAAGCAGUGACCGGAGGAAAGAUGGAGGAUUUCGGCGAGCCAUUUUCAGAGGAUGAUGUCAUCGGCUGCUAUGCGUCCAUCAGUGAUGGUGGAGAGACAGAACUAUCGUUUUCUAAAAACGGGCUCUUUCUCGGGGUGGCGUUUCGUCUCGCUGGCUCCGUCCUGUCAGGUCGUGCGCUCUACCCACACAUCUUAUGCAAAAACUGUUCAGUUUCCCUGAACCUGGACCCUCAGGGUGUGACGUGGUAUCCUGGACCUCCUGGGUACUGCUCUUUACCGAUGCUUCCAUCUGCACAUCGGGCUCAAUCGCCGCUUCCUCCAUCACACAGGAAAGACUGCGAGGUGCUGAUGAUGGUAGGCAUGCCAGGUUCUGGAAAGAGCCACUGGGCAGAGAGCCACGUGGCCAAGAAUCCAGAGAAGCGUUACAAUGUGUUAAGCACAAACUCUGUCCUUCACAGCAUGAGGCUGCCGAGCCCAGAACACAAGAAUCUGAUCCUACAGCAGGCAACGCAGUGUCUCACACACCUCAUCAGAAUAGCAGCAACCAAGAGGAGGAACUUCAUCCUGGACCAGGCAAAUAUUUACCCGUCUGCUCAGAGGCACAAGCUGCUAAGAUUUUCCGGUUAUCAGAGAAAAGCGGUGGUGCUCGUCCCCUCGGAUGAGGAGUGGAAGAGACGACUCCAGCAGAAAGAGCAGAGUGAGGGUGCAGUGCUGCCUGAAAUAUCGCUGCUAAAAAGCAAAGCGAGUUUCACCCUCCCAGAGCAGGGAAAUCUCCUGGAGGACAUCCUGUUUGUCGAGCUCUGCCGUGAAGAAGCGCAGAAACUCCUCACAAGCUAUAAAGAAGAAGCCACACGUCUCCUACCUACACCCGCUAAACGCAAGAGGCAAAAAAAACGUCUUCAUAAACGUCACGGCGAUUCACACGGAUUAAGCCAAGGCUGCAGUCAGUACGUGCAGCAGCCACUGUGGGGAUGCCAUAAACAAAAUGGCUGGAACUAUUCUGCUUUCUCUCAGCCUUAUGGCUAUAACAGUGAUCCCCAGACAUACAGAGAUUACUAUCAGCCCUGUACUGACCAGUGGAACCUGGGUAACCAAAAUCAGAGCUACUAUGCCAACCAAAGCUAUUAUUUUGGCAACCAGACUUUUUGGUAAAUUAUCAAGCCAGUUGAAAGAUAUUUUUCAUUCAGUUGCUGUCAGACUGGAGUCGAAGAACUGCUUUAGAACUUUUAUUCCUCAGAGAUGUAAAGAAGAAUUGUGGCUCUGACGCUGUCGUUUUAAAGAGUGCGUGAUUUCUAUGUAUUUUGUACAAGAAAAAUAAUACAAAUGCUACUGCAGUAUUCUGAAAAGCAUUUCCUUUUGUGAAUCAAAAUGCUGAACGUUUUGGAAAUUUUUU